GUCUACUAAUGGGCCUUGAGGAUACCUAAAAGUCAUUAAAAGGUUGGGAAACAGCGUUGUGUAACGGUCCGCUCUGGUCUGCUGCCCCCUGCAGUCAAUCAUGAAGAACUACGACCAUAACCUUGAUGGAUACAUCUCUCUGGAGGACUUUGAGAAGAUCUCCGCCAACUUUCCGUUCUCCUUCUGCACUCAUGAAACGGACAGGCAUGGUCAGAUCAGUCGAGAGGAGAUCACGUCCUACUUCAUGCGGGGGAUGUCGGUCUGCGCUAAACUGGGCUUCAACUUCAACGACGUGCAUAACUUCCAGGAGACCACCUACAAGCAGACCACCUUCUGCAAGGGCUGCGGAGGCUGUCUAUUGGGAGUGAAGCAGGGCUUCCAAUGUAAAGACUGCGGUAUGAACUGCCACAAGCACUGCCGCGCGCUGGUGGGGAUGGAGUGUCUGAGGAAACAAAAGAUGCCCCCCAGCUCAUGCCUCUGCACCCCCGACGCCAAGAACAGGGGAAACAGCUGCAGUUCAGAGGAGGUGGCCUUUGUCUUCCCCCCGACCGGCGACACAGAGCCCAUGAGGAAAAGCAGUGACCCCAUGAGGAAGAGCAGUGACCCCAUGAGGAAGAGCAGCGACCCCCUGAGGAAGAGCAGUGACCCCAUGAGGAAGAGCAGCGACCCCCUGACGAUGAGUAGCGAACCCAUGAGGAAGCGCAGCGAACCCAUGAGGAAGGGCAGCGACCCCCUGAGGAAGGGCAGCGACCCCCUGAGGAAGAGUAGUAGCCCCCUGAGGAAGGGCAGCGGCAUCUUGAGGAAAAGCAGCGACCCCAUGGCCCUCUCCAACCGUUACACGCAGACGGAGCCAGGCACGUGGACGCCCGAGAGAGGGAACAAGAGAAUAGAGAGGAACCACGCCCAGGAGAAGAUCUUGUGUCCAGUUGCAGAGCAACAGCCUGCCCUCUCGCACCCGAGAAGGCUCCGUGCCGGUGAGCUUCCUCCAAGAGAAGAUGGAGGAGCUCCACCUGUACAAGGAGAGGAACAGGGAGCCCGACUGAAGCCUCAGCACCUCAGCGGCUCUACGGCGCGCCGGGGGGGGCGCCAUCACGGCCCCGGGCCCCUCCGUGCCUCACUCACAGCUGGACUCGCAGCUGGACUCGCAGUUGAAACUACCGGUGUACAUAACUAUUUCACCUCAAUAACUUGGAUUGUUUUGUUAAAACAUAAAAAAAAUGAAGCUCAAAUCUCGUUACAAUGACGAGAUGUUCUGGUGCUACCCGCCAUGCUCCGAAGACCUCAGUAUUCUUCCAGGACAACCGACACACGGUUUGAGAUGGGAGAACAAUGACACCAGCAAAACAGUCGUUCAUCCUCCAUUGGCCUCGAUGGCCGGCCUGUUUCCAUUGACUGCAUCAGCAUCCUGAUUAUGAUCCCGUCUUCUGUCGAGGCCCUGUGAAGUGCCUUGCUACUCUGACUGUGGAAUACCAACCGGUCAGUUGAGGCAGUGAUAUUGUACCUAACCACAUUUCAAUUUUGGUGCGACUUUUUUCAUUUUGAUGUACAAUCCCUGUGAAUCUAUGUGUAAAUGUGUUGAAUGUAGAAUGAAACUAGUACAGUUUGUGAAGUCUCGAUACGAGUCGUUUUUUGUUUGUAGGGAGAAUGUACAGUUUGAGUGAAAAAGGCGUGAAAAGACAACUCGUUCCAAAUGUAAAGGAGUAUACAAUUGCAUUUAUUGUAUAAAGACAUAGUUUGGGUAACAUGGGUAGUCGUCAUGUCAACAGACUCAUUACUUGAUAGAAAAAUGUCUGCCAUAAAAUAUUACUACAAUCAACAGCAAUCACAAAAGGAUAAAAAAACAAAGGGUUGCGCACAAUACUACGAAACAGUGGCAAAAUAUCCUGCUUGCUCAAGGG